AUGGGGGACAGUCAGGCAAAGGAGACCGAGGGCCCAGAAAGGAACCUCCAGAAAGACCUAUAUGGAGGGCUGGACGCAGCGGUACUACUGGUCCUGACCCGCAGCCACGACGGUGGCCAGGGUUCCCGCAGCCACGACGGUGGCCAGGGUUCCCGCAGCCACGACGGUGGCCAGGGUUCCCGCAGCCACGACGGUGGCCAGGGUUCCUGGUUCGUGCGGCUAAGGGCAAAACUCCCCCUGUUCUGCAAGGUCCGGGUGCGGAGGCACUCCCCGGGGUCAGGCCACCUCCCUAUGUUCUCCCGGCGCUGGAUCCAGACGUUUCUGCAGGAUUCCUUUCUGGACACCUUGAAGAUGAGCAUCCUGAUGCCACCCACACUCCUGAAGCUGGCAGCAAAGCGCCUGCUGAGGGACCAGGCCUCAGCCAUUGCCGCUCUGGAGUACCUGCCCACCGAGCUCUUCCCAUACCUGUUCGAAAUGGUCUACCGUGGUGGACGCCACCCCCAGCUACUGAAGGCGUUGGCCCAAGCCUGGCCCUUCACUGUCCUCCCUCUGAGGGUCCUGAUGCAGCAUCCCCCUGAUCAUGCCCCAACCAGGGCCGUGGGCUUAAAAGCUGUGUUUGACGCGAUUGACGUUGUGCUUGCCCAGGAGGUUCGGCCGAGGAGGUGCAAACUGCGGGUGCUGGAUUUAAGGAACACGGGUGCCAACUUCUGGGAUAUGUGGCUUCGAGUCAGCACCGAGAAUUGCUCACUUAGAGAACUACUGACCAUGCACAGCUCAGGCCCUGGCAUGGAGCACCCCCUGGCUCCCUUGGAGGUGUUCCUAGACCUUACCUUCGAUGAAAGGGACCAGGAUAAGUUUUUCAUGCACAUCAUCCAAUGGGCCCAGCAGAGGGAAGGGUCGCUACACCUGUGCUGCAAGACGCUGAGGACUUUUGGGGUGCCCUUCCAGAGGGUCAGGAGGGUCCUGAAUGGGGUGCGGCUGGGCUGCAUCCAGGAGGUGGAAGUGAACUGCACCUGGGACCUGUCCACCCUGGGGGCUUUUGCUCUCUACCUGGGAUCGAUGAGUAACCUGCAGGAAAUCUUUCUCAUGGGAAAAGAGGUGCAGGAAGGGGAAAGGCAGGAGCAGGAGGAGCAGCAAUCCUUUUCCGAAUUCCUCUCUCAGAUGCUCAGGCUGCGGCACCUCCGGGACCUCGAGCUAUGUUCUCUUUCCUUCCUCCCAGGCCGUCUGGACCAGGUCCUCAGGUGCCUGCAGAUUCCCUUGUACAAAUUCUGCGUAAUGUGCUGCCCGCGGCUGACGCAUUCAGACCUGACACACCUGUUCCAGUGCCCGAACCUCAGGCAGCUGAGGGUCCUGCAUCUAUUUGGCGUCGACCUUGCGGAUUUCAGUGAGCCCCUCCGAGCUCUGCUGGAGGCAGUGGCACCCACCCUCCAGUUCCUGGGUCUGGAUAAAUGUGGGAUGGCGGACUCCCAAGUCGAGGCCAUCCUACCUGUCCUGAGCCACUGCCACCAGCUCAGACACUUCACCAUCUGUAUGAACAACUUCCCCGGGGCCACCGUGGAGAAGCUGCUGCGCCACACAGCCGGGCUGCGCAGUUUACAGCGCGAGGUGUACCCCGUCCCCCUGGAGGGUUACAGGACCCAAGGGACCGUCAACAAGGAGAGACUCGCCCUGAUCAAGGCUGAGCUCGUGAGGGUACUGAGGGAGUUGGGACAGCCCAGGACCAUCCAGCUUGCCACCAAGCAUUUUAGACAUAGGAAGGUUUAUGAGGUGGCAUUUUCAUGACAUGGCGCCCGUGAUGUGCCCCUGUAGUGACCGUGCUCACUAGGUGCACCCAGAAAAGCCUUCUUUCUGGGCCUUUGGAAGCUGAAACCUCAGACCGGGGUGCGUUAUGCAGGGGGCACCCACGUUCCAGGUUCAUGCUCAGUGUGAAUGGGGAAACGGAGGGACCCAGCCCGGGUACAGGAUUGCAGGGCCAAAGGUUGGGGAGUUCAUGGGACCUCAAAGGCAAAGUGUCCUACAAUCAGAAACAUGGAUCUGAUUUGCUUGGGGACGGGGAGAGGUAUUUGGCCUCCAGCUGCAUGUGUGGGAGGCAAUCCUG